CCGACGCGCGCCUCUGCCGUGGAGCUCCCCCUCGCUGCGUGCAUCGUGAUCUAGUGGAUGCAGAGUCUCGGAGAGAGAACGCAGGGUCACCUUCUAUCACUGCAAGGUGGAAAUACCGAAUACAUCUCAGCGGAGGCCACCUGGUAGUAGUGCACCUGAGCAGCAUCAGCAGCAGGUGACCUCCUGCAGGGCACCAACAGCUAAACCGCUAAACUCUCUAAAGUGGAUGGAAACCUGACCCAUCAUUGCUGGAGAAGUGCGCGAGGAACCCGGCUUGGCUGCAGAGGACAGGUUUAGUCAUCAGAGUGCUUUGCCACAUCCAGGAAAAUGUCUGGCUCCUACGAUGAAUUUGCAGUCGCUGACGACACCAUGGACAGCUUCUGGGAGGUGGGGAACUACAAACGCGCUGUCAAAAGAGUAGACGACGGCCAUCGGCUCUGCAAUGACCUCAUGGGCUGCCUGCAGGAACGUGCCAAGAUAGAAAAGGCUUACGGUGAUCAGCUAACUGCAUGGUCCAAGAGGUGGAGACAGCUCAUCGAGAAAGGCCCGCAGUACGGCUCCGUGGAAAGAGCCUGGCUGGCCGUGAUGACCGAGGCUGAGAAGGUGAGUGAGCUGCACCAGGAUGUGAAGAACAACCUGAUGAACGAGGACGUGGAGAAAGUGAAAAACUGGCAGAAGGAAGCCUACCACAAGCAAAUGAUCGGAGGCUUCAAGGAGGCCAAGGAGGCGGACGAAGGCUUCAAGAAGGCUCAGAAACCGUGGGCCAAAAAGCUUAAGGAGAUGGAGGCAGCUAAGAAGUCGUACCACAUGGCCUGCAAGGAGGAGAAGCUGGCUGCAGCCCGCGAGGCCAACGGCAAGACGGAGGCUUCCGUCACGGCAGACCAGCAGAAGAAACUGCACGAGAAGGUGGACAAAUGCAAACAGGAUGCGCAGAAGGCUAAAGAGAAGUAUGAGAAGUCUCUGGAGGAGCUGAAUAAGUGCACCCCGCAGUACAUGGAGUCCAUGGAGCAGGUGUUUGACCAGUGCCAGCAGCAUGAAAUCAGGAGGCUGACCUUCCUCAAGGAGGCCCUGCUGGACAUCAAACGCCAUCUUAACCUCACCGAGAACCAAAGCUACAGCACAAUAUACAGAGAACUGGAGCGCACCAUCCUGUCUUCAAACACACAAGAGGACCUGAAGUGGUUCAGCAACAACCACGGGCCCGGGAUGCAUAUGAACUGGCCCGCGUUCGAGGAAUACAACCCGGACCAGGCCGCUGCCCCCCCAAAGAAGAAGAAACCAGACGGGGCCCCACCCACUCCCAGCACCGACCACGUGGCGCCACCUGGUGACCGAAGCAGUGUGAGCAGCUAUGAGAAAAACCAAGCGUACUCAACCGAGUGGUCCGACGAUGAGCAGCCCGCCACGCACUCUGGCAACGAAAACGGCGGGAACGGGAAUUCUUUUGAAGAGGAUUCCAGCACCGGGAAAGCAGUGCGUGUCCGUGCUCUGUACGAUUAUGAGGGCCAGGAGCAGGACGAGCUCACCUUCAAAGCAGGUGAGGAGCUGACCAAGACAGAGGACGAGGACGAGCAAGGCUGGUGUAGAGGUCGCCUGGACAGCGGCCGGGAGGGACUCUACCCGGCCAACUACGUCGAGCCCAUCUAGUCGCGUCACCGGACAAGGACACGCCGUUGGAGGCAGCUUGAACUGUCCAAUUGCAUCGCACAUAGCCAGAGACUUAAGAGCAACACAUCCUUUGCCCAACAGAUGCGCCAAGCAGUCUCGCCUAAAUCAAAACUUAGUAACCUAAAAGACAAUAUAUCCGUAUAAUAUAUUUUAUCCAGCAUUUUGGGUGGGUGGACUCACAUGUUUAAAAACAGGAGCAGCGGUUAUUCCGGUGUAUAUACACACUCAACUAUAACAUCAAGACGGUGCAGGAACGCAUUGCUUCUCUGUGUAGCUGUGAUUAACAUGUGAUGCAGCUUAUUUAAACUUGCAGCGUACUGCAGUCUGUUCUCUUGUGACAAUGGGAACCUAAAAUAUAUAUAUAUAUAUAUUACACACAGUUACACCCCAACCUGCAUUGUGUAUAUACAGUUUGACGCCAUUUCUGUGUAGCAUUUUCAAUGCUGUGUGUGGUCAGUCUUCAUUCUUCCACCUGGAAUGCUGUGUAGUGUUAAAAUGUACCACCAACAAUAUCCUCUUUUGGGUUUUUUUUUCUUGUUUUUUGGGGGGUUUUCUUUGUGAUUUGGUCCAACCUCCAGUGUGUGCAGUGCUAUGUGUUUUUAGCUGUUUUAUGAACUUUGUAUAGCAGCAUGUGCUAUGCAAAAGAAGAAGAAAAAAACCAACACCUGCAUUCCCCGAAUCCUGCAGCCUCAAUUAGGCUUCAACUUGAUGCAACACUUCAACUACAAAAUGCAGAAUUCAUUGAUUUUCGUCUGACAUUCUUCUGGACACGUUUGUGUUUUCUUUAAAGGAGGCUCGUUGAUGAACUGAUUUUCUGUUUGCUCGCUUCUUUUUUGACAUAUUUAUUUACUUAGCAUCACAAACCUGUUGACAAUACCACCUCCAUGCAACCCAAGGAAAGGAUACAGUUUCUCCAGAGGCUUUCAUUCUUGGUUCAGUAUUUCUGCUCUUAUCUUAAUCCACCACUGCUUACGCGAGUGAUCUAUUCCCUCAGAGCAAAGCGGGAUCAAGUCACCUUCUCGAGGUUGCCACUGCCGUAUAAGAGGCGGGUUCUGAACAAUGCCUGUGCCGGGCCCCUUUCUUCCAGAGCGAGGGGCCGAAUGAGGGCAGACUGUUUUCUGAAGAUCGAAGCCUGUUCAACCGGACACAAAUGUACUAGUGUUCGGGCUCGAAAGAGGGCGCGUUGUCUGAACACGGUGUCUCCAUCGUCAUUUAAUGGCCUACGUUGCAAAAAGCACUAGGUGUGUGUGGCCCGUCUCCCCGCUGAGCCAAAGAAUGACCCAAAACCAUCAACUAUCUGUUUAUUCUGUCCAUGCAAUAACUUCACAUAUCCCACGUGAGACGGCUAUAGUGGGGAUCAACUUGCAGCUGCCAUCCAGUCCACCCAAACUACAUCCGUCUGCAAAGCACCACGCAGAGACCAGGGGAACACAUUUGUCAACAGUGCUGCACUGCAUGUAAGCUGACCCGCACACAGCGUAUUAAAUGGUCAUUUUUAAACCCUUAACUUAAUAUAUAGACAUUCAAUUUAUAGCAGGAAGUCAUCAGAUGUUGAUUACUGAGUCAUAUUGCUCAUAUUGCACCUAAAUCUCUGAUUAGAUGGAACAGAUGCUUUUAAUUGUCCGGAUGUUUUUCAAUUUAAACAGCAGCCAGAUGUGUUUAGCUCUGUGUCUGGAACAGGAUUUGACAGCUUCGGAUCUCACACAUGAGGAGAAACACAUCACCAGCUCACAAGUUGUGUCUUAGAGUAAAGCUGUCCAGCAUAGCAAAAAGGACUACUAUCAUUAAACUGUCCCACCUCCUUGACGUGUGUAUCCACACACAGACUCACAUACACUCGAACACAGAUAUACACACAGAUAUAUAUACAGACACACACACACGCAUUUAAAAUUACUAAAAGUUACAAAACCAUAAUCCACAUUACCAGGUCAAUAUUUUGGGCGACAACAUCCUCCAGUGUGUAUGAGUUGUGUAAAUGUAAUAGAAAAAAAGUUUUAAAAAAAUGCAAGUGAUUGACUAUUAAGACAAAAUGUAGUGUUAUACAUGUAAAUGUGAUUCAUUAAAAUAACAGCAAUGGAAAACAUAUUAAGAAAUAGGUACCAUAUGGUAUGAAUUUCAUUGCAAUGGAAUCGUCGGUGUAUCAUAAAAGCGUGACGUUAUCCCACGCUGUCAGAUUUGUAUAUGAUGAUGUAAUUUAAAGAUUAUAUUCUAUUGUAACUGUACAACUGUUGAGUUGAAAAUUGAGACCUAACCACGUUGAGGCAGUAAAAAGGUGUACAUGUAAAUGCUUUUUUAUGUUGAUGAUCUCUUCCUUAUGCACACAGGGGACAGCAGCUCACGUUGUGGAAACCCUCUAUUAGCGGUCUAGAAGAUGUAUGUUCAUAGUUAGUGAUGUACUUUUAUCUCCUAACUGGUGUAGUGCCUGUUCAUCUUGAUGUAACAAGACGUUCAUUUAAAUAUGCAUAAAGAUGAUUAUGAUCACA